AUGUCGUUCCUCGCCAACCUCUGCGGUUGCUUCGUCUGCAACCACAAAGCCUCCCCCUCUUCUUCUUCACGCCCAGAGAUGCAAGUCUCCCAGGGCCCAACACACACCCGCAGCGGAGUGCCAACCGGUCGCUUUACCCUCUCCGCUCAUGGCGACUUUGUCCGCCGCGCUGCCGACAACGAGGUUGGCACCGAGCGCGGGCCCCACGCGGCUGACUCCGGGUAUACCAAUGUGGUCCCGCUGCCGCAGUACACGCCGCGGCCCAUGAGUGCUCACGAGAAAACCCUCGAGGCUCACAUGCGUGACCCGCCGGUCUCUUCGUCUGAGUAUUCUGCCGAUGAAAAGAACCGGAAUCUCUACGACGAAGAGGUUACCUCUGACGGCUCUUCUGCCAUCUCUUUCCCGAGCAGCUACGGGAAUACCUCGACGGCAACCCGAGAAACGCCCCCGCCGCCGUACUCCCCGCGUCAUUCGUCAGUAUUCACUCGCUCGCGCUCCAUGUCCGUGUCGUCUGCGAUGGCGGUGGCUAUUAACCCGCCGCCGUUGGCUCGGGUAGCUGGCGUGCAUCACGGUCGUCUUGCUCGUUCCGAGGUGGAUGACCAGUCUCUUCGGCGCCACCGACGAAUUUCCUGGGAGAGCCGUUAG